AUGGUGAUGAUGGGGCAGCUGGGGAGGCUGGUGGACGGGCUGAGGUCCAAGAUGAGGGCCGGCGGCGGGAAGAAGGGGGCGGGGAAGAAGGCGGCGGCGGCGGCGGCGUACGAGCAGAUGGGGAAGACGGAGAGCAUGAGGGUGGAGAUCAAGAGCCGGCAGGCGCAGAAGCUCAUCGCCAAGAACCUCGUCGCCGCCGACUCCAUAGGCCGCAGGAGCAGGAACAAGCGCUUCUUCCUCGCCUUCUAG